AUGGAGAACAAGAAUGUGUUUGUGUUGUGUGUGAUCUUAUUUUUGGUGAGCUCGUCGUUGAUGUUUGAGGGUGGUCAUUGCAGAACUCUACGAUCGAAGCCGUUCAGAGAUACCAACGGCCAUGACCAAUCGUCGGCGACUAUGAAGGUGAAGCACAGCUCGGAAAGUUUUGCUUUCCGUUUAGCGUCUGGGUCGAGCAGGAGAGGACGUGGUCACUGA